ACCGUCAAAGUCAAAUCUAAACCAAAACAAUUUUAUUUGAUUUGAAUAAUUUUGUAUAUUUUCUUCUUAGAUAUUUUAUUCACAAUGAAACGAUUUCACGACCAUUCACCCCGAAGAUCAAGUAAGAGAAGACGGUCGAGUUCGGAGGAGAGACUGUUUGCAAACCGGCAAAAAUUAUCUAAACCUAUGAAUCCUGCAGAAUCCUCUUCAGCGGAGUUUGAUUUUUUAGAUUAUAAGCGAGAUAUAAACAAAAUAUUCGCCUAUAGUAGAGAUACAAAUACAGUAACGAAUAACUUGGAUGACUUUUGGGUGUUCGUAAACAAGUACCAAGCUACUUUGAGGAAAGCUGGAAAACCUAUAUUCUGUGUUGAAAAUGAAGAUCGCCUAACAAACGAUUUAGGAAUCCCAUCAAAUUUUUCAAAAUUCGAUUGUAUUAAUUUUAGUACCAAUAUAAAAUUUAUGGACAGUGUUUGUGAAGAAAGAGGAAGAAAGAAACUUACAAAGAGUAUAUUUGAUGCACUAUUAAAUGUUGUGUCAAUUUACUUAGAUUUUAAGAAUAAAGAGAAACUUGAGAAACUAAAGAAGUUAAGGCAAACACAAAAAGAUCUACCCGUUGCAAAAUAUAGAGAAGAAAUACAAGCUGCAGUUAAAAAUGAAAGAGUUAUUAUUGUUGCUGGCGAUACUGGCUGUGGAAAAUCAACUCAAGUUCCGCAGUACUUGCAUGAUGCUGGCUUUCAAAAUAUAGCGUGUACUCAACCAAGAAGAAUAGCUUGUGUAUCCUUAUCGAAACGGGUAGCGUUCGAAACUCUCACGCAGUUUGAGAGUAAAGUGGGCUAUCAAAUAAGAUUUGAAAAGAGCAAAUCAGCAGAUACUAAAAUAUGUUUUAUUACUGAAGGACUGUUGCUAAGACAGAUGUCAUCAGAAAAUCUACCAAAUUAUGAUGUUAUAAUAUUAGAUGAGAUCCAUGAGAGGCAUUUGAUGGGUGACUUUCUGCUUGGUGUUCUUAAGUGCCUCAUACACACUCGUACUGACAUAAAGCUGGUACUCAUGUCAGCUACAAUUAAUAUUAAGUUAUUUGAAGAUUAUUUUGCCGCUGAAUCUGCUGUUGUCAUUCAAGUACCAGGAAGAUUAUACCCAAUCGAUUUAAAUUACAAACCUAUUCAUAUCGAAGACAAACCAACAAGAGAUGACAGGCUCGAUCCCCAGCCAUAUGUUCAAAUCAUGCAAUUAAUUGACAGCAAAUAUCCAAGUGAUGAAAGAGGUGAUUUAUUAAUAUUUAUGUCUGGUGUACAAGAAAUAACUUCUAUAUGUGAUGCCGCACAGCAGUAUGCGGAAAAAACUAAGAAAUGGAUAGUACUUCCUCUACACAGCGGUCUAUCAUUAAUUGAACAAGAUAAGGUGUUUGACUACCCACCUGAAGGUGUAAGGAAAUAUAUUGUUUCAACAAAUAUCGCUGAAACAUCUGUUACUAUUGACGGAAUUAGAUUUGUCGUGGAUUCUGGCAAGGUCAAAGAAAUGAGUUACGAUUCGUCAACGAAAAUGCAGAGAUUAAAAGAGUUUUGGAUAUCAAAAGCGAGCGCUGAUCAGAGAAAAGGCAGAGCUGGUAGAACAGGUCCGGGUGUAUGCUAUCGUAUAUACUCGGAGCAACAAUAUACGGAUAUGGAGGCGUUCAGUACUCCAGAAGUGAGCCGAGUUCCGCUCGCCUCUCUCUUACUACUGAUGAGUUCGUUAGGCGUCAAUGAUGUUCGUCGUUUCCCCUUUCUGGACACCCCACCUGAAGAUGCAAUUGAAAACGCAUUGUUAGAACUCAAACAACAUGCAGCAUUAUCUUCAAAUGAGAAGCUAACUUCGCUAGGGAAGGCAUUAUCUAACUUGCCAGUGGAGGUGUCCCUGGCUAAGGCGCUGGUGGUCGGCAGCGCGACCCUGCCCCCGCACAAGAGGGACUCCGCCCUCGCGCUCUCCGCAGCCUUGGGAAUACGGUCAAUAUUCACUACUAGAGCCCACAGAGACUUCGAAUCCGCAGAGGAAUCUAAACGUAAGAAACGUCUUAAAGUAGAUAGUUGGGAGAUUGUAGAUGAUAAGACGGAAGAUGACAACAUUUUGGACAUCCGUGAUAUUGAGUUUCAUAUGACGAAUGACGCUCAAAGAAUCCGAGCUCUAAUAUCAGGGUCUAGUGCUUCAUGUGGACGGGACCUUAUAAUGUUGAAGAUAGUUUUAUGCAGAGCUCUGUACCCACAAGUGGCUAUAGCAGAUGAAUAUAAUCAUUGCAAGUCAGUAUCAGAUCAGUUAUACCAUACAUAUAGUAAACCGUUUGUAUUUCUGCAUCCUACAUCAUACUUCGGUAAAAACGGUAAAAUACUGCAGUUGACUGAAGCAGACAUACAGACAGACACGCCGCCAGGAUACAAGAGUAAACUGCCGUUAUCUGCCAGACAUCAACUGUUGUGUUAUCUUUCGCUAUUGGAGACGACAAAGCCUUACAUAGUAAACUCGAUGCGUAUGCCGGCCGCACAGACAUUACUGUUGCUGUCUCACUCUGUUGACACCAAUAUUGGAUUUACUAGAAUCGUAUGCGAUUCCUGGCUCUUACUUGAAUUCCCAUAUCCAGAGACGGGAAUGAAUCUUUUAUUGAAAGCAAUAAAGUUGAGAAAACGAUGGGAUGUACUCAUCAAUAGGAGAUUAUUAGAUGCAAAUCCAAAUAAAUCAGUAGAAUCAGAGUUAGAGAAAACAAAAUUAACGAAUUACGGGGAACUGCAACAUGAUUUAUCUUGUGAUAUAAGUUCUUAUAUGAACAGUGAUGUUUGCUAUACUAUAAAACGACUUCUGCCCGGAGAUCUGAAAGUCUUGUACGCUGGUGCUGAAGUACACGCGACUGUCGACCCUAAUCCCUUCGAACAAGGCUUCGAAUGCCGUCCGCAUGAGAAGAAAGGAGGAGUUUAUGUGACUGAUAAUGUGGUUUAUAAUUGUGUUGUCGAUACGGAUUGGAGUUACAAUAGUUAUCAAGAAAUUUACGGAAUGCCUUGGACUUGUCCUGACUGCGAGAUAUCUCUCUGUCUAUCCCCAUUAGAACGAUUACAGCAUAAGCAGUUCAUGUGUUCCUCUAGAACGGAAGAGAAGAAAGAAGUUAAAACAACUACACGCGAAAAUAAACCUAAUGCGAAAGAGUAUAAAUGCGAAAAUUGUAAUGAAGUAUUGUAUAUGACGCCUGUCGAAAUAUUAAAACAUAAAAAGACGUGUAAAAGUAAAACAUAAAUAUCGUUAA